AUGGUUUCGUACUCAAGCUGUAGAAUUACGUUUGCGGGUCUGAUUCUUCUGCUUGUUUCGAGCUGGAGACUGGAUAGAUGUGAAGGAUUAGGCGAAUUUGGGUUUGAAUUUCACCACCGUUUCUCAGACCAGGUCCUCGGCGUUUUGCCGGGAGAUGGGCUGCCUCAUCGAGACUCUUCUAAGUACUACAGAGUGAUGGCUCAUCGAGAUCGACUAAUCAGAGGACGCAGGCUCGCAACCCAAGAUCAGCCACUCGUCAGUUUCGCUGACGGAAAUGAAACUGUUCGUGUGAACGGCCUAGGAUUUUUGCAUUACGCGAAUGUGACGGUCGGAACGCCGUCUAGUUGGUUUCUGGUUGCUUUAGACACUGGAAGUGAUUUGUUUUGGCUGCCCUGUGAUUGUACUAGUUGUGUCCGUGAACUCAAAGCACCUGGUGGCUCGAGCUUGGAGCUCAAUAUUUAUAGCCCUAAUGCGUCGUCAACAAGUUCUAAAGUUCCUUGCAAUAGCAUGUUAUGCAAGAGAGGUGAUCGAUGCGCUUCCCCAAAUAGUAAUUGCCCAUACCAGAUUCGGUAUCUUUCAAACGGUACCUCUUCUACUGGAGUCUUGGUUGAAGAUGUUCUUCACUUAGUUUCAAAUGAGAAAAACUCCAAAGCUAUUCCCGCUCGAAUUACCUUGGGAUGUGGUCAAGUUCAGACAGGUGUAUUCCACGAUGGUGCAGCUCCAAAUGGUCUUUUCGGGCUUGGCUUGGAUGACAUAUCGGUUCCUAGCGUAUUAGCAAAGGAUGGAAUCGCAGCAAACUCGUUCUCAAUGUGUUUUGGAAAGGAUGGAGCUGGUAGGAUCAGUUUUGGUGAUAAAGGUAGCGUAGACCAACGAGAAACACCAUUGAACAUAAGACAACCACAUCCUACUUACAAUAUCACCGUCGCUCAAAUAAGCGUUGGAGGAAACACUGAUGAUCUUGAAUUUGAUGCUGUUUUCGACUCUGGAACCUCCUUCACUUAUCUGACUGAUGCAGCUUACGCUCUUAUUUCAGAAAGUUUUAAUUCUCAAGCUAUGGACAAACGUUAUCAAACUGAUUCGAAGUUGCCUUUCGAGUACUGUUAUGCAUUGAGCCCAAGCAAAGACAGUAUCGAGUAUCCAGCUGUGAAUCUAACAAUGAAAGGCGGGAGCUCAUAUCAUGUUUAUCACCCCUUAGUAGUUUUCCCCAUGAAGGACACAGAUGUCUACUGUUUAGCCAUCAUGAAGAUCGAAGACAUUAGCAUCAUCGGACAGAACUUCAUGACUGGCUAUCGCAUCAUCUUUGAUCGUGAGAAACUGACUCUUGGUUGGAAAGAAUCUGAUUGUUACACCGGUGAGACCUCGGCCAGGACGCUUCCGUCGAACCGCUCAUCUUCCUUGGCUAGACCGCCAGCUUCGUCGUUUGCACCAGAGGCAACUAAUAUACCAUCUCAAAGACCAAGCACGUCGUCCUCCUCUUAUUAUUCUUUCUCGCUCUCACUUUCUUUCUUCUACUUCUCAAUUUUGGCCAUCUUUUGAUUAUAAUAUAUACUAUACACAUUUAGCCAUCUUGGGGCUAUACACAACUUAUUAUAUUCUUUCGAAGGUAGCUGGGUUAAAAUUACCAAAACAUACUGCACUACAGUUGUAUUUUUUUGUUUUAUCUUUGUAUAUAUAUAGUGUGAUAAUUGAUUUUACUAACGUUAAUUAAAAUAUUAGAUACA